AUGGCGAUGCCGCCUCCUCCUCCGCCCCCUCUUCAUCCUGUGACGGCCGGCGGCAAGCCUGAACGGAAGACGGUGGAGCGCAACCGCCGCAACCAGAUGAACGCGUUGUACUACCGCCUGGACACGCUCGUCCGCGCCGGCGGCGCCGCCCCUUCUCCCGCACCGGCGGCGGCGACUAGGCCUGACAGGCUCGGGGAGGCGGCGGCGUACAUAAGCCGGACGGCGGAGCGGGUGGAGAGGCUCAAAGAUAGGAAGCGCGAGCUGACGGCGGCCAGGGCGGCGUCGACAACCGAACUGGGCUCCGGCUCUGGUUCCUCAUCGGGGGCGUCAACCGUCGUGGUGGAGGUUCAGCAUCUUGGCUCCGGUCUGCACGGCAUCCUCGUCACCGGCGCCCCUCCCAGCGACGGCUCGUUGUUCCACCGCGCCGUCCGCGCGGUCGAGGAGGCCGGAGGCGAGGUGCAGAACGCGCACUUCUCCGUGGUCGGCGCCAGGGCCGUGUACACCAUCCACACGCUGAUUGGAGAGCAGCAGGGCAGCAUCGAGAGGGUGGUGCAAAGGCUCAAGGAAACAAUUGCAGAUGAUCUAUGA